GCAAUAUCCGUAGUCGACCCACGGUUGAUAAUAAUAAAAACAACACGUCAGUUCGAGACGUUUGCAUUGCGUAGCUAGUUUGUCGUCGUUGUUGUCCGUGUGCUUCUGGCGGCCGGAAGUGAUCUCUGUAGUGGGCUAUUGGCUCUCCACUCCGUGGCGAACGCGAAAACUGUUUUACGCUAACUACUCAUUACCGGAAAUUUGUUUCAAGAACGCCCGAGCGAAAUGGUUUACGUAUCUCAAAGUGGAAGUUUACAAGAAACAGUCCCAAUAAAGAAAAAAAUUAUUGACUCAUUUUGGGGUGUAAUAAACUUUGUUUCAUUCUUUUUUCAAAGCUUAGUAAGGCCUGACUCAACUAGAUGGGGUAAUCAAUAUUCGGUUACAUACAGACGGCCAGGUUCUUCUAGUAGUGGGACUCUGAGACCACAAAGACGUUUUGGUGGAUUUGGACCUAGUACUCCAGCUCCACCUCCACCAUCGACAUGUAGUAGCUGCAUGGGAUAAAUACAUUUUACAUUUUAAUUUGAUAUUAAUAAAAUCUUAACUAUAAAAUUCUCUAAUAAAAAUAAUCUAGUCC